ACUGAUGGAAACACUGAAGCUCACUUGCUUUCUCUUUCACUGCUCGAUAUCCUGUGUUUUCCUGGGAGGACAUUGGUUGUUUGAGGAACUGUCUUGGCAUUUUCAGAUUUGACUUGUUUGUGAGGUUUAACAGAUUCUUAAACCUCUUUCUGCUCACCCUCUUGGAUCUUCUGUUUUCUCCAGUUGGGAUUUUUCUCCUGUUUUCCCUGCCUGAUUGGCUGCGCUCCUGUGUGCAUAUCAACCCUUUCCUUUCCCCCACUCUCCUUUUCCUCUUCCUCCCAUCUUCCACUGUUCCCUGUCUCCUUGUGCGUAGUUUUUGGGCUAUGCUCUCCUCACCCACUGUGAUUCUCCAGCCUUAUGGACUGCCUGUCUACCCACAGACAACCACAUGCUACCCCAGCCUAGUUCAGGGAGGGCCCAGCCAGGAGGCCGGUCCUGGCAGUGGCGACCCGGCCCUGCCUCAGGUCUACGCCCCACCCCCCUCUUACCCGCCACCAGGUCAAGGCCCGCCAACAUCUGCGGGCAGACUGCCUCCUCUGGACUUUAGCUCUGCACACCCCAGCUCAGAAUACCCUGAACACCCCCAGCUCAGAGUCUAUCAGGGCCCUCAGCUCGAUGGAGCCGAGACUCUGACCUCCAGUGUCGCGGAGGAUACUCUGGCCCCCGUGACCUCUGACCCCCAGUCCCUGAGCGUGUCAGUGUCAUCAGGAGGCGGAGCCGGAAGUGGUAGCGAAGAGGAGGGGUCAGGUAAGGCCCAGCCCAAACGCCUCCACGUCUCCAACAUCCCGUUCCGCUUCAGAGAUCCAGACCUCCGCCAGAUGUUUGGGCAAUUUGGCAAGAUCCUUGACGUAGAAAUCAUCUUCAAUGAGAGGGGGUCAAAGGGCUUUGGAUUUGUCACAUUCGAGAGCGCAACUGAGGCCGACCGAGCACGAGAGAAGCUGAACGGAACCAUCGUGGAAGGAAGAAAGAUUGAGGUGAAUAAUGCCACAGCAAGAGUGGUGACGAAGAAGCCCCAGACGCCUCUGGUGAACGGUGACAUUUCAACUUCUGGCUGGAAGAUCAACCCUGUCAUGGGAGCAAUGUAUGCACCUGAGCUCUACACAGCUCCCCACUCGUUCCCCUUCCCCUCAGUUGCCAGUUUCCCGUACCCUGUAGCGACUCCCACCUUGGCCUAUCGGGGCACUGCUCUGCGGGGUCGAGGUCGAGCCGUGUACAACACGAUUCGCUCGGCUGCAGCCACACCUACUGCUGUACCUGCUUAUCCUGGGGUUGUAUAUCAGGAUGGUCUGUACGGAGCAGAAGUCUAUGGCGGCUAUCCAGCAGCUUACAGAGUGGCUCAGUCAGCAUCUGCUGCCACGGCGACCUACAGUGAUGGAUACGGGCGGGUGUAUGCCACAGCUGCAGACCCCUACCACCACUCCGUCGGACCAACGACGACAUAUGGCGUUGGCACAAUGGCCAGUUUGUACAGAGGAGGAUACAACAGGUUCACCCCAUACUGAGUCACCCGGCUGUGGGGGGAGGACGGCCUUGUCUCUGUUGAACUCUGGGAUUUGGCUCCCACAUGGACGCCGCAGGAGGACAGGUCAUGAGACAUGAUUUCGCCCUCCUGUCCCCAUCGCAGCCUUCGUCUCUCCCUCACUCAGAGAGACUGAACAGACUGACGUUGUAAAUACUGCUCUCCGCGAAGGAAACCUAGAGAUAGUUAUGUAAUAUAUACAGUAAAUAGACGGUUGCUGAUUACUGGAAUUGAAAGGGUGAUUACUGGAGGUAACUGGUGAAAAUAAUUGUGUGAGGAAGACUCUUGUGAUUUGUAUCUGGGAUUUGUCAAGUUUUCGCAGGUCAAACUGUGCAAAGAAAAACAAGAACAUUUUGUUCCAACGACAGUUAUUUACUACAUCUGUGUGUGUGUGUGUGUGUGUGUGUGUGUGUGUGUGUGUGCGUGUGUGUGCGUGCGUGUUAUGCAGCAAUACUGUACCCAGAGACAGCUGUGACACCAGUAUCAGAACAUGUUUGUCUGGAUGUAGUUGGACUUUUUUUUCUCUAACAUUCUACCUCUCUCAUCUUCUCACUUUUGAUCCUCUUUCCUGUGUUGUUCCUCUGCAGCACUUUCCUCUCCUGUCCAUGAAUCCUCACUAAUCUAGUCUAGUUUCUGUUACUUUCUGUGGCUCAGUACCUCACUACCUGAUGAGCCUGAUGUUGAUUUUUACUUGACUGUCAGUGAUUUCUCAUACGUGUACUCACCCAGGGAAGUUUGGCUUUGCUGAGUUACUUUAAGGCCUGUUUUAUCAAAUGAAGCUUUGUGCUGUUACAUAAACUGAGGAUUAAAGACUCUGUUUCUCUAAACAACUUUAUGAGUAGAUUUGAAACAAUGGAGCUGUCAGUACACUCUAACUAGCUCUUAAAUAAUUCAAUAUUCUUCAUCAAGUGUUGCCUUGAUUCAUUCUCGACUCUCAUUUCUUUCUGGGUUUCCUUUCUUUUCUUACUCAGCGCUGCGGAAUGAUUCUUUACUUGUGUUGGUGAAUCAUUUCUUCAUGAUUUUGUCUUUGUUUCUGAUGCACGCCUUUCUGCUGAGCUUGACAUUUGCCUCUGAAUAAAGCUGUUUUUCGCUC